AUGCCCGAGCAUGUGGCUUGGGAGGUGGCAGGCUAUUUUUUGGCUUGGAGAAUAGCAAUGGCACCUGAAGUUGAGUCUAUCGAAUUUCCUGCUGGUCCCAAGAAAUUGCUCCUUCAGAAAGACAAGGGGUUGGAGACUAAGUUCACUAUGGAGUUCUUUGAGAUCGUGUGCGAUUUUCUCGAGAAUGGCCCUGAUUGUUGA